CUGACGACUUAUUUUUCUUACCCUUCUCAAUUCCUAGACUCGGUGUGUCUUGACCGUAUUGUCCAAUAUUGACGUCCUACGCAUUGUUGUGUUGUACUAUCUUUCCGGGCUUCUUGUGUCGAUCCACGCAGCGCCCAGCCUAAACGAGAAGCCAGUGGAAAACCCUCCCGGGACGGACGGUCCAGUACCACCAUCACAUCUUGUAACCUUCAUUCUUACUGUACGGCCGAGGAACCACCCCCUUUUGGGGCAUCGCACGAUGCCGACGAGGUCUUGGACUUCGUAGCUGGGCAAUCCGAAUCAUUCCUUGAGCCUUUGGUCCCGGCCUUGCCAUCUUUCCAGCUACAAUGUCCCCGCCAUUUCUUCGAAUGUCCGUACCAGUCCUAGUGCCGCUGCCAGCAGCCGACGAUGGACUCAACACUCGGGGCUCGACGCUACAGCCGCGUGACGGCGGAGGGAGAAAUACGCCGAACCAGGCUCAAAUCGUCGUCAUCGUCAUAGGCGCCAUCGCCAUCGCUGCAAUCCUCGCCUUCGUCUUCCGCCACUUCUACUAUCGAUACGCCCGCCGGAAACUCACCUACCAGCCCGCAGUCGACGAGGACGACGCCCCGAGCACCCGGGAAAUCAACCGUCAGACUCAAGAUGACCUCGAAGAAGCCCUAGCCGGCACCCAAACCCACACCGACGCACCGGCCGUCGAUCGCACUACCUCGGUCCGCAGCGUCAUGACGCUGCCGGCGUACCGGCCCAAAGCGACCGAAAACGAGCUCGUCCUCGGCCGGGAAGGCGAGCGCGACGGGAUUGACAUCGUCGUCGAGAUGCGGACGGCCGAGGAGGAGGAAGCGCUGCGCGAUGAGGAGAUGGAGGCGCUGUACCGGAUCCGGGCGGCGCGGCGACGCCAGAUCGCCGACCGCGAGGAGCGCCGGCGACUGCGGCAGCAGGCGCGCGAGGCCCGCGACGCCGUGGCCCUGCGCGAGCUGCGCGAGGCGGCGCGCGACCGCGCGGUACAGAACGCAACCGAGAUCGAGGAGCUUCGCCACUCGCACGACCGUAUCCGUGAGACGCGGCAGCGCGCCGUGAGCAGUGUGUCGUAUGCCGAUGUCGGGAUCGCCCGUUCCGAUGGGACGCGGAUCCGCGCGAGCAGUACCGAGAGCACUGAGAGGGUUGGGCUGCUGUCGGAUGCGGCUAGUAUCGCCGCUUCCGCGGAUAGUUUGUUCCUGGGGCGGGAUCGGAGCGCGAGCGCCACGCUGAGUAUUGACACCUCGCGGAUGAUGGAAAGGCCAGAUUCGCCCGGGUUGACGACGGGUGGGAGCGGAGUGUUUAGUUUUGCCGGGGCGGGGCGGUUGAGGUCGAGGUCGAGGUCGAGGGCGAAUUCGGCUGCGACGACGCCAAGGGUGCCGACGCCGAGUUCUGGGAACACGCCGCAUGCGGGAUCGCCUCCGGAAAUAAUCGACGCUGAGGACGCGGAUCUGGGUGACGCGGGGAUGCCCCCGCCGGGAUACGACGAAGUCAGCCUGGAGGACAUCACACCGAUGCACUCGCGCCGGAACUCAGAUGUGUCCGGGAGGGUCAGCCCGUAUCCGGACCCGCCGCCGAAUUAUCCGGGUCUUGGACCGGCCGAGAGGAGGAAUAGCAGGCUGUCGGCGUACAUGGGAGACCUGGCCUCGCAUGCCCAGACACAAGCCGAGAGUGGUUCGGGGUCGGGAGCACACAGUGGGAUUCCGAGGCUGCCCAGUCUCAGACUGAGCGGGGUGCCGCAGAUUGUGAUUGAGCCGUCGAGCGCGAGGCCUUGAUGACCGCAAGGGAGGCACCAUGCUAGAAGGAGGAAACAACGGUCAGGGGGCACGGUUCUCGGAUGGGGUCGAGGGUAUAUCCCUGUAUGGGAACGGCAGGGCAUGUGUAUAUACGCACCGUUUCGUUCGAUGCUGGUGGCAGCGGAGUUUGGGAAUCUUGCAUCUGGUUGGAUUGGGUUCGUUGGUUGGAGUUGACGGGGGUUUUAAUGGCGGCAUGCAUACAUCAGUUUCUUCGUCAACUUUCACGAAUCAACCUUGUUAAAUUGUAUGUACGGCUACACUUUUUGGUAGAAAGUAUCAGUCAAGCAUUCAAGAAGCACAUCAUCU